AUGAAGAAAAAAGAUGAUAAGCAGUUAGAAAAAGAGAAAAGAGAACAAGGAUUUGUACUUUAUAUCAAUGGAGCUAACCUAGUCAGCAAAUUCAAACCUCAAGCUCCGCCACCUAGACAAAAUCUUUCUAGAGUAUCUAGUCGUGCUAGAACUGCUCCGCAGGAUAUCUUGAAGGAUACUGACUGGGUUCCAAUCAAUUUUGGAGAUGUGGACCAAAUAAAUCCCGAACGGGUCAAAUCUGCUCCGGCCAAACAUAUAAGAAAAGGAUGGAGUCAGCAAUCAAUUGAAAUAAAAGCAGAAACUGGCGAACCCUUGCACGCCCCGGCCAACCGACAAAUUCCAAAUCCAGCUUCUACAACUUCUGCAACAGCGAAUGAUGCUAAUCAGUCGUCUUCGUCCCAAAGUAAAGCCGAUCAAGUAGAUGAAGAAAUGCCAAGUGACAAUGACGAUGAUGUUGAAGACGAAAUUACUGAAGAUCUUGGUAUUAAUCAACUUAGACUUAGUUAUGAUGAUCUAAAGACAUUAAGACGAAGUUUAGAAGCUGAUGCAAAUAUUAGAGCAAGUUUACAUGAAGAAAUUGAGGAAGAGAUAGCUGGAGAUGAUGCUGAUGAUGAUCAUGAAAUUGAAACUGAUGAGGAUAUUGAGGAAACAAUUGAGGAAUCAGUAGAUGAUACUCCGGUAGUCAAAUCUUCUGAAGAGCCUCCGGUCCAGAUUCAAGAUAGGACGUUCUUAUUAGACUUUAGCAGUUCCGUUAGAAGAAGUAAACAAUUAAGCGUUGCAAGAAAGAAAACUGAAUCAACUUAUCAAACUAAAGAUGAUGACGAUGCGUCUACGACAAGUGCGAAAAAGGAAGAGUAUCAAUCAAAUAUUGGAGAUGACAUAAAAAGAGAAGAUGAUCAACAAGACGGAAAUACAAAUGUAGAGAAAAGCACAUCGGAGGUGGCAAUUCAAGCUACAUCAGAGGGCCUAACCUCUAAUACUCUUCACCAGGUCGUCGAUAAAGUGAAACAGUUACAUUCAAGUCAGCAACGACGAUUGUUACGGAUGCUAUCCAAACUUGGUGAUAAUCCAUCGUUGCUCUCAGUAUAUGCAUCAACUUCGGCUUCUCAAAAUGAUUACACUAAUAAUGAUGAGGAAUUGGUAGAGAAUGCAAGUUUUAAAGUAGUAACACUUGAGAUUUUGUCAAAUUGGGGACAUCCGGAUAAAUUAGGGAUGACCGAAGUACAAUUCUAUGACGAUUAUUCAAAUAAAUUGAUUAUUAAUAAUGUCGGUGUGAUAUUGCAAGGCGAAGAAUUAACAUCAGCUUCAUUACCGAAUAUUACGAAUGGAAAAACUAAGGUUCACGUUACAAGAUCUUCAGUUUCAGAUAGCAUAACUAAUUAG